UCUCCACCCGCGAGUUCAACACCGUUCUCUGGAACCCUUCGCGGACCUCCAAACCCUCAUCGAUGACGAAGCUCAGAUCGGACUCUCCGAUCUGCCGCCGCAUCGUCCUCGCCUUCCUCGAUUUCAUCCGUUCAGGAAAGUUUUCACCUUGAUUUUUCAAGUGCCGUGAGCUUGCGUGUGUGGGUGUGUUUUGGAGGAUUGAACUGCCAUUUCUUGGAACUUGAAGCCUGAAAAUAAAUUAUGCAUGUUUGUUUAGUUGAACCAGCUCCCGGGGUAGAUUUAGAAGGUCUUGAUGUUGUCAAAGAUUGUCUGGAGGAGGUAUUUAAGGUUAAUACUUCUAGCAGCAAUGAUGGGAUACAACCUGGUUUGUUAGCUGACUUGUUCAGUUCAGAAGUAGCUAAAUCUCGAGGAUUGGAAUUGGAUUCAGUGCCAGAAGCAAUUGAAUGUACACCAUGCACAAGCUCCAGCUCCCAUCAAUCGAUGGUUUAUACUGAUAUGCAUAAAGAUCAACAUGAUCAACAAAGUACUUCAGGAGGAAUUUCAAAGGAUGAACUGUUUGGAAAAUUCUAUGCUGCUCUUGACAGAAGCAAUUUCUUUCUGACUUCACAGGGUGAAGUAGAAGACCCUGCCCAAGUAGCUAAAGCAACAAGUUUCUUUGAUGAUGCAUAUAAAGAGAUGGAAAAAUCUCAAGUGCAAAUCUUCGAUUUGAGCAACCUUGCUGAAGCCUUAAAGUUAAAAGGUAAUCAGUCCAUGCAGUUGCAGUUGUACUCUGAAGCUGCUGAAAUAUAUGCUUGUGCUAUUGCACUUGACGAGAAAAAUGCUGUUUACUAUUGUAACCGGGCUGCUGCUUACACUCAGAUUAAUAGAUAUGAUGAAGCAAUUGAAGAUUGUUUAAAAUCAAUUGAAAUAGAUCCAAGUUACAGUAAGGCUUAUAGCCGUCUGGGUCUGGUUUAUUAUGCUCAAGGGAAAUAUGAUGAAGCUUUAAGCAAAGGCUUCCUGAAAGCUUUACAGUUGGAUCCAGAUAAUACCACCACUAGAAACAACAUUCAGUUAGCUCAGCAAAAACUUAUGGAGUGGCAUCAACGAGCAGAAUCAGAUAGGAACACAAGACCGUGCCAUGGUCAAGGAUCAUCUUCGCAACAACAAGCUACAGGCUCAUCAAACAGUGGCACCACAUUCACAUCUUUCUCUACAAAUGCUCCUCUUCCUCCUGAUCUCGCCAACCUUAUCAGGAACAUGGCCGCAUCCGCCUCAGGCUAUCAAUCUCAUCCCGACUCCCGCAACGAUCAUGCACGGGAACCAGAAAUCGAUGGUAUAAGGGUGGAGGCUAAUGUGAACUUAGGCGAUGCUCCUCCGGAGCAGCUACCUGGGCAGAUGUCUGAUGUUUUGAGGACAGUUAUGGGAAUGUUCACAUCACAGUUUCAGCCAGAAAAUAACAGGCCUCCAGGGGCAGAUGAAUCAUAGUGAAAAAUGCACCAGUCGUUACCAAAAGAGUGAGAAUUUAUGGUUCAUAGCGGCAGAUCACUUGUAACUUAUUAUUAUUAUUAUCAUUAUUAUUUUCUCUUUUUCAAUCGGUGGAAAUUUAGAUGUGAUAUGAUUCUGUUGGAUUAGAAGGAUCCUGCCCUUGUUGGUGUUUGAGCUUGAUUUGAGAGUAUUUUUAAGUAGAAGAAAAUUCCUGUUUUGUUGGAUCAUCA